AUGGAUGGUAAUAGCUCUGCUUUUCUGUUGCUGAGCACAUCAAGAGAUAGCAUGAAGGAGGCAGUACUUCGUUUCAGGAAUGCGUUUGUGGUCCUGCGCUUUCAGGAUGGGGAGCCGACUUGUCUGUCUACUCAGAAAAUGAAGUCACCCUUUUCCCAGGUCCUGUCGCUUGCGGCUCUCGCAUUGACAUGGAGCCCUACCCAAGCAGCCCAACUCGCAACACGCGAUAUCACCAUGUUCGAAGAGCGUUUUCUUAACUCACUCGAAUAUCAGCUCCCCAACAACACAAUCAAGCUGAUCGGAUUCAAAAAGGUUAAGGUUCCGGAGCACGAACUCGGCGACCUGAACCAGCACUACAUGAGCAACCCUAAGGAAUGGGGAAAGCUGAAUAAUUAUUUCUAUGACCCGCCCAGCGGCCGCACGCUCAGUAUGGGAACGCAUACGUUUACGACUUUGGGGUCAAGGUUGUACUUGAUCACGACCAUAGCGGGCGCCUCCAGAAACGAAGCGGGAAGAAAUCCUGCAUGA